UCUUGGCCUCACCCCCGUUCCCGCCAAAUCCUCUCGUCUCCCCCAAAUCCCCGCCCUCCUCUCUCUCUCCCUUUUCCUCUCCCCACCAGAAUCCAAUCCCCGCCGACCCAGGCAAACGACGGUGACGCGCGACGCGGCGGAGGCGAUGGAGGAAGAGAUCCGCGCGGAGUUCGAGAGCAGCGGCUUCUCCAUCGGCGGCGCCGACCCGGGCGCCGCCGCCGAGAUCCUCUCCACGCUGCUGACCUACUGCAUCAACUACAAGAUGAGCCCCGCGGAUCUCGUCUCCAACUGGGAGGUCUACUACCUCAACAGGCAAUUGAAUGGGUUAAAGCUUGAAAGCUCAUAUCUGGAUGGUUUUCUGUCACACCUGCAAAAUGAAGUAAAAGACAGGAUUAUAAAAGAAGAAACAAGCCUUCACAUUUAUUCUAGUAAUGAUGUUGACAUGCUCUUGAGCAGUACACACACAGAUGAAGAGGGAUUCCUUGACACACCAAGCACUAAACAGGAAAAGCCCAAUGGAGAGUCGUGUAACUCUGAGCUUACCCCACUGACCACUGAUAGGCCAUCAUCCAGCAGAUUGGCCAAAACAAAUGGCGACCGCAUUACCCCGUUCUCUCAACGAGUAAAUAAAUUUACUCAACAGUAUGUUCUUAAUUCUGAUAACGUGGCUAGUGUGCCAAGUAAAGACGAGAUUGAAUCCACAGAAGAUGAAGUAAUUCGAAGAGUUCAACCUAGUAAAAGGUGUACCUUGCAAGUUCAACGCUCACAGCCUGAACCAGGUUGUAGGUUCAUGUAUGACAGAAUAGAAGAUAGAUUUAAUUAUUUGGAAGAUAGGAUAAGGAGGUCUGGAAGCUUGUUUUCUGCAUCUGGGCUUUGUGGAGAACCUGCAGAUGCUACCCUUGCUUCAGAGGAGAGUAUGUUUUCAGUUGGCAUGGUAAUUUGUGAUGGGGAAGGUCAUCUAAAUGAAAAAUCUAUCUUGCUACAAGGCAGUGUUGAGCACUCCAGGGGACAGCAUGUACGCUUAGACUUGAAGGACGUAGACCGGUUUUCCUUGUUUCCUGGGCAGGUCGUUGGCAUUCAAGGCCACAAUCCUAGCGGGCAUUGUUUUGUUGUGUCAAAGUUGAAUGAUUCCAUACCAAACUUUGUUGAUGCUCAACUGCCUCGUGCUAAGAAACAAGCUGUGGACAGUGAAGGCAACCAAAGUUCUGACGUUGUAUCAAGAGUGCUAUCAUCAGUCAUUGCAGCAGGUCCCUAUACAACGAGUGAUAAUCUGUUGUUUGAACCUUUGCAAGAAUUGAUAUCUUAUGCCAGUCGUAAGCAGCCUCAACUUCUUAUAUUGAUGGGACCCUUUAUUGAUUCUGAUCAUCCUGAAAUAAAAAAGGGAGCUGUUGAUAAGAGCUUUCAGGACAUAUUUCUUUUCGAAAUUCUGAGAAAGCUUCAAGACUUCACCCAGUAUUUGGGGCACAAUGUUCGUGUGAUUCUUAUUCCAUCCGUACGUGAUGCCCACCAUGACUUUGUUUUUCCCCAGCCUGCAUUUGACUUGAAUUUACCAGAAGACAUCACGCAUCAGAUUACUUGUCUGGCUAAUCCAAGCCUAUUCAGUUGUAACGAGAUACACUUUGGCUGCUGCACAAUGGAUAUCCUGAAACAUCUGAGUGGUGAAGAAAUUUCUCGCAAGCCACCUGGUGAAAAGCAUGGUGACAGAAUUGGUAGAAUUUGCACACACAUAUUGAAGCAACAAAGCUAUUACCCUUUAUAUCCUCCUCCUGCUGGUGUACCCUUGGACUUUUCACUCGCUAACGGAGCACUGGAGAUCGCAUCAGCUCCUGACGUUCUCCUGCUUCCUUCUGACCUUGCUCCAUUUGUGAAGGUGCUUUCCCUCGAUGAAAGUAGCGAAGAACCUAAGCGUUUUAUUUGCAUGAACCCUGGGAGAUUAGCAAAGGGCAUUGGUGGAGGCACAUUUGUAGAACUCAACUACAACGAGGACACAGACAAGACAAGCGCCUCCCUUAUUCGCAUCUAGUUUUCCGAAUGCCGUAAUUUAUAGGCUGAUGAGAAUUAGGAAAGCUUCCUUUCUUAUGUAACACACCCCUUACUGCUCAACAGUAAAGGAUCGAAAUUCUUCAUGGUUCUUUAUGUGGUAAGCUUUCCUAAUUGGUCAACGAAAAUCAGUUCAUUUGCGUUAUCCUUGCUGUGAUUAUUCUUGGAGUAGUGUACGGUACUAGCAUUUUCUGCUAACAAGGUGAUUUUACUGUGAACUAACAACUGUUCUGAUCUUGUUCCACAUGACCACAUCCCAUUGUGAAUAAGAAUCAGGAAGCUACUUGAUCAAUUAAGUUAUCAAA